AUGGCCGACGGCGAGCCUUCCCUCACCGGCUGGACCUUCGAGGAGAGGAAGGUGGAGAUACGCAAUGGGGCUAUAGAGGAUGGUCCACCGCAGAAACCUCUACUUCCUUCAUUUGAAUCUGCAGAAACGCGCAACUUAGCUGAGACAUUGUUGAGGGAUAUAAUUCGUGGGAGUCCAGAUGUUAAAUGGGAAAGCAUAAAAGGUCUGGAGAAUGCAAAACGUCUUCUCAAAGAAGCAGUUGUCAUGCCCAUUAAAUAUCCCAAAUACUUCACUGGUCUAUUAUCACCUUGGAAAGGCAUAUUACUAUUUGGUCCACCUGGAACAGGAAAGCUGUACUCUAUUCGAGAAAAGAACAGUUCUUUGGAAUGUUCUACUCUCUACUGCAAUUUGGCUAAGCAUAUGGUUGGGUUGAUUAAGACAGAUGAGCUUGUUUUUGUUCUAGCAGCAACAAAUUUACCAUGGGAGUUGGAUGCAGCAAUGCUGCGUCGGCUGGAGAAGCGUAUUCUUGUUCCAUUGCCAGAGCCAGAUGCUAGACACGCUAUGUUUGAAGAGCUCCUGCCAUCUACACCUGGCACAAUGGAGAUUCCCUAUGAUGUUCUUGUAGAAAAAACUGAAGGAUAUUCUGGCUCUGAUAUUCGCCUUGUAUGCAAGGAAGCAGCAAUGCAGCCCCUAAGACGGUUAAUUCGGUUAGUCUUUAGAGCUUUUUCUGUGGGACAUGUUGCAGAGUUGCCUGAAGUUAGUCCAGUAACUACAGAAGAUAUUGAACUUGCUUUGAGGAAUACAAGACCGUCUGCUCAUCUUCAUGCACAUAGAUACGAAAAGUUCAACCAAGAUUAUGGCAGUCAUGUCCAUGACUAA